AUCCGCAGCAUCGGAGCGCUCGCAAAACCUCGACACCUUCCUGAAUUAGUAGCCGCUAGCUUUAGCUGCUCCCCUUGGACCGGUCGAGCUUGAGCUGAUCACUAACCAGUUCUACCAGCUCGAUCAGCACCGUAACCUGAUGGAGUUCGACCUGCUGAAUUAUUACAGCCCGGAAGAAGCGCAGCUUGAGCUGAUGAACACGAUGCUCCAGCUGGAGCAGCUCACCGCGCUCGACGGCCAUCGUCAGUCGGCGAUGGCACCUGCCUCGCCGCCGAUAUCCCCGAUGCAGACCCACCAUGCAGGUCCCCACAGCUUCUCGCCUCUGCCACACACGUCGACGACCACGACCACGACCGCCACCGCCACCGGGUACCCAAAGAAGCAGCACGCACCGCCACGGGCCGUGUACGGCGCCGCCACUUCCAGCGGCCUCGAGCACCACCACCUCCAGCUCCAGGACGGGGGCGCGCUGCAGGCCGGGCCGUCGUCGGCGGCGGCGGCGUCGGCGGACGCGAUGCGGGAGGCGAUCUUCCGCAUCGCCGCGCUGCAGCCGGUGGAGGAUCAGACGACUACGGGCCCGGAGCCGGAGGCGGCGGUGCGGCGGGCCCCGAAGCGGCGCAACGUGCGCGUGUCCAAGGACCCGCAGAGCGUGGCGGCGCGGCUGCGGCGGGAGCGCAUCAGCGAGCGCAUCCGCGCCCUGCAGCGCCUCGUCCCGGGCGGCACCAAGAUGGACACGGCCUCCAUGCUGGACGAGGCCAUCCAGUACGUCAAGUUCCUCAAGUCCCAGCUGCAGUCCCUGCAGCGCGCCGCCGCCUCCCGCCACGCGCCGUGGCAGUACGCGCUCCUUCCCCACGCCGACAUGCUGUGACGAACACGAACGCAGUCUCCAUCGAUCGAUCGAUCGUUACCAUAGAGCUAGCUAGCUUAGCGCGCGCGUCGGUGGUCGUUGGCGUCUCGAGUACCGACGGGACACGACGACACGAACACGAUGGCCUCUGCUGAUGCUCUUGUACGUAGCGUUGUGUAAUUGGGCAUCAGCUGCCUCGUGUGAAGAUGUAGGAGCCUUGAUCGAUACAUUUGUUGCUGUAGCCGCCGCAUACGGCAUACCUUGCUAGCUCCAAUUUUUUGUUGGAGCCAGCCACAGCCGGUGCAUGCAUGCGCGUGAGUACGUGCUCUACCGCCCUACUAUACGUAGGCGGCUGUACAUUUACACUGUGCCCCUUUUUUUCCCAUACUCAGGCUAUCCGCAACCGUUACCACU